AUGCAGUAUCGUUUGUGCUUCCUCUUAUUUUUUUCACUUUUUAUACACUCAAAAUGUGAUCCAAUAAAUGUAAUAGUGCACACCAAAAAGAUAGAAGAUGGUGAAAGUAUUGUGCACGCAACCAUUGAUUCUAUCUCAGAUUUAAGGUACGUUUUAAACAGUUUAGAACAGAUCACUUAUGUUUCAAUAGAAAACCAGAUAGUAGAGACUCUACCGAAAGGAUUUCUAGCUGGUCAUAAAAUUGAGAAGUUCCACAUGAGUUUCAAUCAGUUAAAAGAAGUUGAACCUGGAGCAUUCGAAGAUUCCUAUAUAUCACAAUUGGAAUUGGUGAACAACGAAAUUAGAAUAAUUAGAAAAGGUGUACUGAAUAACCUUACGUUUAUUACUGUUGACUUUGCAAACAACCCCAUAUCUCAAAUAGAAGAUGGUGCUUUUGAAAACUCGACAAUUUUUAGCCUAGUUGUCAUAGAAAAUCGAUUGAGUAAUCUCACCUCCAAGAUGUUCAACGGUUCAUAUAUCUCUAACUUUUGGUUUGGUGAUGGCAAUAUAAACGACAUUGAGGCCGAUACUUUCCGGAAUGUUUCUGAUCUUUACGGCAUAAAUCUAGAAGGUAAUCAAAUCCACAAUAUUGGAGAAGCAUUUUGCGACUUACCAUCACUCAGAUCGCUCAAUUUAAACCACAAUUUUAUCAAAAUCUUGCGACCUGGUAGCUUCAACGGUACGUACUUGGACUAUUUGUACCUCAAAAACAACAGUCUUACACGAAUAAAUGCAGGUACUUUCGUAGAUUUACCAAUACCUGAGAUUGAUUUGUCCUAUAAUUUAAUAUCCACGCUUCAAGAAGGCGCAUUUAAAGAUGUACAAGCUUUAAAAUUGGAUUUAAGUCAUAAUAAGUUAACUAGAAUAACGAGUAAUAUCUUCGAUGACUCUGAUAUCAAUAAAUUAAUUCUAGAUGAUAACGACAUUGUGGAUAUUGACAAAGACGCUUUUGAAAACAUCCGUGGACUUGUUACGCUAAGCUUGAAAGGCAAUAAACUUACUAAAAUAAAAAACGGGAUGUUUCCAGAAAUGAGUAUAAUUCUCUUGCAACGUAACGCAAUCGCUUCAAUUGAGAGACGAGCUUUGAACAAUCUUAAAUUUAGUCUAGACCAUCGCGAUGCUUUAGCUGACAAUCCUGUGAAGUUGGUCAAGUUAAACGAGCGUUAUUGUGUGGUUUAG